CUGUGUGCGAGCAGAAGCGAGCUGCCUGAACAGAAUCUCAUCGAGGCCAUUUGAGAGCAUCUGCACUCGGGACUCGAGGCCGUGGACUGUGCUCGUGUCCUGCUGACCGGCGGACCCCUGUGCUCAGGACCCUUGAGGCAGGGCCCAGUGCGAGGGGCGGGAGGAGGCCCAGCAUGGGCUUCCAGGCACCGGGGCCGCUUAGUCCUUGGCAGUGGCUGCUGCUGCUAGUGGCCCUCAAGGGUUCCAAAGCAACGUCUGAUUUGAACAAACCCACGGAUUCCACGGCCCAGCAGGAGCCUGGGGCUGGGUUUGCUGCUUCGGGCCCGGCUCUGGGUGAGAUCACUGUCUUUGCUCUGGACUAUGACUACGUGCAAGUCCCCUAUGAAGUCACCCUCUGGAUCCUUCUAGCUUCCCUCGCAAAAAUAGGCGUGGAUGGGGCACUGGGCCCCGAGAAGCUGCGGGUCUUAUACAAUAUACUAAUCGCCUUCACAAAGAUGCACAAGUUCGAAAGCAUAGAGCCUGUCGACAUUUUGGCUGGAUGUGCCCGAUUCAUCAUUGUGGGGGUUGGGGGAGUCUUUUUCGGCAUUGUUUUUGGAUUCGUUUCUGCGUUUAUCACACGUUUCACUCAGAAUAUCUCUGCAAUUGAACCGCUCAUCGUCUUCAUGUUCAGCUAUUUGUCUUACUUAUCUGCUGAGACCCUCUACCUCUCUGGCAUCCUGGCCAUCACGGCCUGUGCAGUGACCAUGAAAAAGUAUGUGGAAGAGAACGUGUCCCAGACGUCCUACACGACCAUCAAGUACUUCAUGAAGAUGCUGAGCAGUGUCAGCGAGACCCUGAUCUUCAUCUUCAUGGGCGUGUCCACCGUGGGGAAGAACCACGAGUGGAACUGGGCCUUCGUGGGCUUCACGCUGGCCUUCUGCCUGGUCUGGAGAGCCAUCAGCGUGUUUGCUCUCUUCUAUGUCAGUAACCGGUUCCGGACCUUCCCCUUCUCCAUCAAGGACCAGUGCAUCAUUUUCUACAGCGGCGUUCGAGGAGCUGGCAGCUUUUCGCUGGCGUUUCUGCUGCCUCUGUCUCUUUUCCCUAGGAAGAAAAUGUUUGUCACGGCUACUUUAGUAGUUAUAUAUUUUACUGUGUUUAUUCAGGGAAUCACAAUUGGCCCUCUGGUCAGAUAUCUGGAUGUUAAAAAAACCAAUAAAAAAGAAUCCAUCAAUGAAGAGCUUCACAUCCGUCUGAUGGAUCACUUGAAGGCGGGAAUUGAAGAUGUGUGUGGGCAAUGGAGCCACUACCAAGUGCGAGACAAGUUUAAGAAGUUUGAUCACAAAUAUUUACGGAAAAUCCUAAUCAGAAAGAACCUGCCGAGGUCCAGCAUCGUUUCCUUGUACAAGAAGCUGGAAAUGAAGCAAGUUCUUGAGAUGGCGGAGACCGGGGCCCUGAGCGCCACAGCCUUCUCCAGGCCCCACCAGGCCCAGCGGACACAGGGAACCAAGAGGCUUUCCCCUGAAGACGUGGCGUCCAUGAGGGACCUUCUGACGCACAACAUGUACCAAGUGCGGCAGAGGACACCGUCCUAUAACAAAUACAACCUCAAACCCCGAACAGUUGAGAAGCAGGCUAAAGAGAUCCUGAUCCGCCGCCAGAAUACCUUACGCGAGAGUAUGAGGAAAGGCCACAGCCUGCCAUGGGGAAAGCCGGCCGGUGCCAAAAACAUCCGCUACCUCUCCUUUCCCUACAGCCAUCCUCAGCCAGCAAGGAGAGAUGGGGAGGCUGCUGCACGCGAAGAUGCGGACAGCAGUGAUUCGGAACUCUCCUUCAUCAUGUUCAACGCACACUCUCCAACACGGUCGCUUCAAGAGAGACAACAAAUAACCACAAGGAAGAGUUUAAACAGAGGAGGGAAGCCGUCCGGCUCUGGCUAUCAAACAAGUCCAAGCCAGGAAGAGCAUGUUGGCCGGAGCAAAAGGGCUUUGAGGCCCAAACCGCUGUUUCACACCGUGGAUGAGGAGCGUGAAUCUGGAGAAGAGAGUGGGGAAGAGGCCUCAGCCCCGGGCGCCAGACAGUCGGCUGAGCACAGGAGGGAGCGCCGCAGGUCCUGCAGCCCUUUGCUCCGAAGGAAAUAGUCGCGUUGUGCACAGGGUUGCUCGCGGCUUCGCCCGAGCCAUCGCCCUGUUGUGUGGGUGGAGGG